UUUCUCAAUAAAUUGGAAAAAUUAUUUACUUUUUUUUUUUUUAUUUCAAAAUGAAAAUUUUUAUUUUAACCUUCAUUCUUGUUAUUAAUUUACAAGGAAUUUUUGGCCAUGGAAAAGUAACUGAUCCUGUGAAUAGAUUAAGUGCAUGGAGAAAGGGAUUUAAAACUCCUCCAAAUUAUACUGAUAAUCAGGGUUUCUGUGGUGGCAAAGAGAUUCAGCAUUCAAUAAAUAAUGGAAAUUGUGGAAUUUGUGGCGAUGAUUAUCGACUUUCUCGUCCAAGACCAACUGAAAAUGGAGGAACUUAUGGAACUGGAACAAUCGUAAAAACAUAUAAAUCAGGUGAAAUUAUUGACGUAGAAGUGAAUAUUUCUGCCGCUCACAAAGGAUACUUUAUAUUCAAUCUUUGUCCUUUGAAAUACGAUAAGGAACUAGAAGAGGAGGAAUGUUUUAUUCCUCUUAAAUUAGCUGAUGGCAAUAAAUCUUACGAUAUGGAAAAUAAAGGACCGGGAAUUAUUAACAUUAAAGUUAUUCUACCAAAUGGAUUAACAUGCAAACAUUGUGUAUUUCGUUGGGAAUAUAUAACGGGAAAUUCAUGGGGUAUAUGCAAUGAUGGUAAAGGACAAACUGGCUGUGGACCACAGGAAAAUUUUAAAUCCUGUUCGGAUAUUUCAAUUCAAUGAAUAUGAGCAAUUGCGAACAUAAACUGUAUUAUUUGUUGACAAUUAUUGUCGUUGUUAUAAUAUAUUUAUCAAUUAUUUCUAUAAUAAAAUUUGUUAUCCAAAAAAUA